AUGAAGAGGAAUUUAAUUAGUCAGAGGAAUCGAGCUGUUGUCGUACCCCAGGAUACUGUGAUCAACCUGAAGUUUGUCCAAGAACUCGCCAAAGACCUAGGCUUUCAAUGGACUAUCGUUGCUUUCGAGCUGGGAUUCACCAGGGCUGAGAUUGGUCGCUUUCAAGCUGCCUCCAUGCUGAAAUAUGUGCAGGCAAAGAAAAUGCUGGAAAGCUGGUAUGAAAAAUCAGAGAGCCAACCGAACAAAACAAAACAGCUACUGAGGGCUCUGGAAUGGGCUGGAUGCAAGGAGCUAGCUGAUAAGCUGCAGUGCCUGCACUGGGGGCACCAGAAGCUGAGCAGCCGUGUGGAGCUUCCAUCAGCCUUCCCGUACCUCAUCACCGUUCACAAGACGAUCAACAACCACCAGGGGCUGCAGAAGAUCAACCAGCUCGGCCACAGGUAGUAAGAAGAGGGAAGGGAUGUCAUGUCUUUCAGUAGUGCCAUCUGGCUAAAUGUCACAAUGUUGCUGCAGUUCCAUCUGUGUGCAGAAUAAAAAUAUGAAACUUUACCUGGUUCACGUGUCAUAUUUCACCAGAGUUCUCAAUCUUUUUGUUUCUUCAGGUGUAAUUAUAAUUUUGCAGGGCAGCCUACAAUCCACUGCCUGGUUUUUGCAAGCAGCUAUUCAGAGUACAUAUCUGGGAUUUGUUCCUUGAGCUCCUUUCAAUGUAAACAUUUGACUAAUAUUUAUGGUAGAAGGUAAUUUUAGCAAAGCCAUAUAUUUCUUCACUGGAGGCAAUUUGGCCCAUCAAGUCGAAACUCGCUUACAGAUCAAUUCCAUUUCCCCAUUAACAUUCCUGAGACUUAUUCUCCCCACAUUCCCUUCAGUUGUCCCAGAUUUCACAACUGCAUAUUAGGAGCAACUUUAGUAAACCAAUACCAAAUUUGGGCAACUAACCUACCAACUAGUGCUUCAAUUAAAUGGUGGAGGGACUGAGAGCUGCUGGGCGGAAAGCCAAUGUGGUCAUAGAGGGAGCAAAUACACUGCUUUUGUCAUGAAAAUCAAACCAAUGUGUCCCUGUGCACCCUAAUAUAAUAUUUCUUCUAUAAGAAGAGCAGUAACACCCCUGGAGUUUCAUUCAUCCACUAAUUGAACUCCAUUGGAAAUUAUUUGU